AUGCAUCAUUUGGACCCAACGUCCAAAAAGGACGAGGAGGCCGACCUCGGACUUGCAGGCAAAAAUCUUCGAACUUCAGCCACCGCAAAGGCUUUUCUCAUUCUGCACCAUUUGUUUGGGUGGCCCAUUCUCACAUUGAAGACCACUACCGUAUCGACUUCACUUUUGGUACGCAAGACGCUGCUCUUCAAUGCCUUCGAAGCCUUGGGUACUGAACUCAAGCCUUACUGUCACAGGAUACGCAUUGCGACUCAUGACGUCGUCAAGAAUUUUGUACGCGAGUCAGAUCUCAAAUCUUUCCUAUCAAUGCUGAUCCGUAUGAGAAUGUGCUGUUCACUGGGGACUGUUCUCAUGGUAAUGCUAAGGCCGAGUUCAAAAUCCAUACAAGCUAACAACGUGUCCAAUAUUGUUAUUCAAGCGCGUCUCUGGAGUGCGCAUCAUGGCGGUGCAGGAAUAAUGGCCUGCGGACUUCUGAACGCGUGUCCAACUUCCAUUAUCCAAUUUCUUGAAGAUCAGCCGUUUUGGGACGACGUGGUAGCCGCUGCAGACACUGGGCCUCGCCCAGUUCCUCAUGCAUCUCUCACCGAGAAAAGCUUCACAGUUAUCAUUGAAACUUUGCUCGAUCCAAAUAUAGAGCGCUCAGCAAAGGAUAUCGCAGCAAUAUGCGAUGCGGGAAGGUUGUGA